UUUGUUAUUUUCCCCCCUGUGCCGCAGCAGAAAUCAGGGCAGGCGGGGAGGAGGAGGAGGCAGGGAGCUAUUUCAGGGAGCUGCUGUUAUCUGCUCCACGUUAAUCCCCAGCUGGUGGGGGGAAGGUUUUCCCUGAGUGCUUUCCUGGGAGGGCAUAUAUUAAACAUUGAAAAGCAAAGCGAGGAAGAAGAGGAUUAGCAGGAGAGAGAGGAAGCUGGCUGCUGGCUUUGCUCGGGUUAUCCAUCUGCUCCACUUUUAUGGAUGCAGCAGUAGGUCUGUGUGCCGAGCUGCUUUUCCAUCACCCUGGAAAUCCCCUUGCUCCCCUUCCUCCGGGCUGUGCUGUAGCUGAGCUGUUGGGAUAAUGGAGCUCCAGGCUGUGUUAUCCACGCUGGAAAAUGGGGAACAGGACACGGUUCUCAAGGUGCUCCAGGUCUACAACCAAGAGAAAUCUCAGUGCUUCAUCUUUGAGGAUGAGGAGCGGGAAGAGAGGAAGAAAAUGGCCCAGCUGCUGAUCAAGUUCUUGGAGAGAGAGCUGCAGCCGUCCUGCCAGGUCACCUGCCUGGAGAGCAUCCGCAUCCUAUCCCGGGACAAGCACUGCCUCGACCCCUUCACCACCAAGGAGGGCCUGAAGACCCUCUCCAGGCACGCCGGCAUUGAUUACUCCGAGGAGCUGAUCCGGGAGGUGCCAGACCUGGAUGUAAUCCUGGAAUCCCUGAAAUGCCUGUGCAACAUCGUGUUCAGCAGCGCCAUGGCGCAGGAGCUGACGGCCGAGGGCCGGCUGGUGGUGGGGCUGGCGCGGCGCAUCAAGCUCUACAACGAGCGGAGUCUUCCUCACGACAUCAAGUUCUUCGACCUGCGCCUGCUGUUCCUGCUGACGGCCCUCAGGGUGGACAUCCGGCAGCAGCUGGCCCAGGAGCUCCGGGGAAUCAGCCUCAUGACAGACACCCUGGAGCUGACCCUCGGGGUCAAGUGGUUGGACCCCUACGAGGUGGCCACCGAGGAGGGACUGCUGCCACCUUUGCCUCGGCAGGAGACGGAGCGAGCCAUGGAGAUCCUCAAAGUGCUCUUCAACAUCACCUUUGAUUCCAGCAAGAGGGAGGUGGAUGAGGAAGAUGCUGCUUUGUACAGGCACUUGGGUGCCCUCCUGCGCCACUGCCUCAUGAUCUCUGCCGACGGCGAGGACCGCACCGAGGAGUUCCACAGCCACACAGUCAACCUGCUGGGCAACCUGCCCCUGAAGUGUCUGGAUGUACUCCUGACUCCCAAAGUGCGGCCGGGCUCGCUGGAGUACAUGGGCGUCAACAUGGAUGCGGUCAGCAUCCUCCUGGACUUCCUGGAGCGCCGCCUGGACAGGGGCCACAAGCUGAAGGAGAGCUUGACCCCUGUGCUGAACCUGCUGACGGAGAGUGCCCGAGUCCACCGGCAGACCAGGAAGUUCCUGAAGGCCAGGGUGCUGCCGCCGCUGCGGGACGUGCGGAACCGGCCGGAGGUGGGGAACUCCCUGCGGAACAAGCUGGUGAGGCUCAUGACACACAUCGACACCGACGUCAAGCACUGCGCCGCCGAGUUCCUCUUCGUGCUCUGCAAGGAGAGCGUGUCCCGGUUUGUGAAGUACACGGGCUACGGGAAUGCUGCGGGGCUGCUGGCGGCACGGGGCCUCAUGGCUGGUGGCCGGGAAGAGGGAGAGUACUCGGAGGAUGAAGACACGGACACAGAGGAGUACAAAGAGGCAAAGCCCAACAUCAACCCUGUGACGGGACGUGUGGAGGAGAAGCUGCCCAACCCCAUGGAAGGGAUGACGGAGGAGCAGAAGGAGCAUGAAGCCAUGAAAUUGGUCAACAUGUUUGACAAGUUGUCCAGGGAGAAGGUGAUCCAGCCCAUGGGCAUCACUCCGAGCGGCAACCUGGCGCCCAUGGAGAACGCCAUCCGCAGCAUCGCCGACGAGCGCUCGUCCUCCGACUCGGACCUGGGGCUGGACUGAGGCAGCUCCAGCCGCUCUCCCUCGGAACUGGUGCUGCACCCAGGGGCUGGCACUGCGCCAGGACUCUCCCCGUGGGAUCUGGGUCCAGCCUGGGCCCCUCACAGCCCGCCACAUGGAACACCUGCCUCCUUCCCAGCUCCAUAGCCGCCUCUCCUUCCAGAGGUCUCUGUGACCUGGCUCCACCUCGGUCUCUCCUGUCAGCAGCCUUGAGGAUUUCACACUCCAAAUUGCUUCCAGGACUCUCCAGUAGGAUUUUUGGGUUUUAAAUACGUGCUGUUUGGGAAGAAGGGUCAGGGAGAGGCUCUUCCUGCCACUUCAUCAGGGUUCAGUGAUCCACAGAGCCUCCUGUGGCUGUGUGCAUGGCCCCAGAGUGGGAGCUGCUCCCCAGGAAUGCCAUGGGAAGGGGGGCUCCCAGAGAGGGGUGUGGGCCUCCAGUGGGAGUGGGACCUGCAGGGCAUGGUGCAGGUGGCUGUAUCCAUGUCUGUGCACACCCAGAAUGUGGGGGUGAGCAGAGCAGAGCUGGUGUGGCCUUGGAAGCUUCCAGCAUUGCGCUGGCCACAGGAGAGAGCGCGUGGGCAGCUGCUGGGAAUGCUCCAAUGUCCCUUCCCGGGCACUGUCCCUGUCACCACCCAGCUGGGUUUGGGCGUUUGCCUCUCCCCACCUCCUGCUUUCCAGACAAAAGGCCAAUACCUGUGCUCUGUCCUUGGCUCAUCCUUGCUGUGCCCAGGCUGCUGUGUCCCCCAGGGGCUGCUGUUGGGCCUGGUGUAGAUUUCUCUUUAUUUUUAUUCCUGUUUUCUUUGGAAAGAAAAUCUUCUCAUUUGUCUCAUGUAUCUGAGUUCCCAAACCUCCCAUCACAAGUAGGAAUGCACAAGUGCUGCUAGAAUAAAGCCAACCUGACACGUGGGA